ACGGUAGGGGGCGUUGACGUAGCUGUUUGCACUCGCUUACUCUGGAUCUCAGAUCCACGUUGGAUCAAAUAAUAGCUGCGAUCAAUCAGUGCCGAUAGUGAGUUUGCAGCCUCUGUGGGUGAGGAUGGGUGGAAACAGUCCGAGUCACCUCACCCAUGAGGAGGGUGGAGUAACUUUUGUGAAGGGCAUUCGGCUGUCAGACAAAGUCAUCCACCGGAUGAAAGAAACUUCACCUGUCGGUCGUCCUCGGUCCUCACAACAGCAAGGUCCUCCUCCACACUCGCCUGAAACACAAACACCCACUCCACUGUCCACACCAUCUGCUGAUAAUGUGACACAUCCUCCUGCUCCUCCUCUGGAAGCCCCAUCUAUACCUCCAUCAGCAGAACCCGCUCCCCCACCUAUAAAGCUAGUGCCUCCUCCUCCUCCUGUGAAGUUUCACUCUCUACCUCCAACUUCUGUUGAACCUAUAGCAAUGCUGCCACCUCCUCCACCACCUGCAGAGACCAAAACUAUACCUCUGACUGACCCUGUUGUCCCAGCCACACCUCCUCCCCCACCACCUGUUGCACCAGAUGUUAAUGCAAACGUUGAGCCUGUCUCUCCUCCACCACCUACUCCUUUAUUGGAGCCAGUAGUUCUACCUCCUCCUGAAGCCUUCAUACCUCCUCUCAUAGAACCAGGGAGUCCACCUGUUCCAGAAAAAGCCAUUGAUUCACUUGUGCUUCCUCCACCUGUUAAGUCAUCCACAGCAGCUGCAGCUCCAUGUGAACCUUCAGCUCUGCCUCCUCUCUCUGAACCUGUAAAGCCAGCUCCUCCGCCUACUGAACCUACUGUUGCAGCUCCAGUCCUUGAACUCCUUGAAACCCUUGUUCCAUCGAGCCCACCAGUGGAAGUGGUUCAAGCCCCUCUUAGUCUUGAAAUCCCAGAGUCACUUGUGCUUCCACCGCCUGUUGAGUCAUCCACAGCCGCUGCAGCUCCAUGUGAACCUUCAGCUUCACCUCCUCUCUCUGAAACUGUAACGUCAGCUCCUACUCCUACUGAACCUCCUGUUGCAGCUCCAGUCCUUGAACUACUUGAAAACAUCGUUCCAUCGAGCCCACCAGUGGAAGUGGUUCAAGCCCCUCUUAGUCUUGAAAUCCCAGAGUCACUUGUGCUUCCACCGCCUGUUGAGUCAUCCACAGCCGCUGCAGCUCCAUGUGAACCUUCAGCUUCACCUCCUCUCUCUGAAACUGUAACGUCAGCUCCUACUCCUACUGAACCUCCUGUUGCAGCUCCAGUCCUUGAACUACUUGAAAACAUCGUUCCAUCGAGCCCACCAGUGGAAGUAGUUCAAGCCUCACUUAGUCUUGAAAUCACACCUCCUGAACCAGCAAUCCCACCCUGUCCGGUUGAUUCCACUCCAGCUUUAGUUCCAUCUGCUCCAGCUGACAUAGUGACUCCGGCUGAAGAAGUGGCUCCAGUUGUUCAUCCACCACCUCUGUGUGAACUUGUUCCACCUCCUCCUCCUCCUCCAGAGCCAGUAGCAGCUCCUGCUCCAGAGCUUACCUUUGAAGAGCCCCACCCACCGUGUCACUGUGUGGAGUUGGCCAUUGUAGCUGCAGAUGCACCUGUCAGUGAACAUCUCGUUCAGUCUCCAGCACCACCUCCAUCAGAAACAGUAACAGCUCCUGAGGAGUCCACCCCCAUCCCAUCUCUACCUCAGGUUGUAGAGGAUGAAGUACCUGCUGUUACCCCAGUGCCUCCACCUGCACAAGCUGCACCGGUUUCACCUGAAGUGGUGGAGGAAGACAUUAGGCAGCAGGUCAAAGAGGAGAUGCAGAGGAGUCUGGAAGAGGAGGUCAACAAGAGGAGGCAGGAGCUGCAGCAACAGCUGGAGGAGAUGAGGGCUCAGGCUCGGGCAGAGGCCAUAGCUGCGGCUCAGGCUCAGGUCGAGGAGCAGGUGAAGAGGACACUGGAGGUCGAGAAGGCGGCGAACAUGGAGAACCUGGUGGACGCCCUCGUGAAGGAACGAAUGAAGACGGACGACAAGCAUCUCAUGGCGCAGCUUUAUUGGAUGGAGCUGAAGGCCCAGCAGCUGGAGCAGAGGGAGAGCGAGUUAAAGAAACGAAAUACUCUCUACAAGGAACACGUUGCAAAACUUGAAGCAAAGUGUGCCGAGUUUUACAAAGUUACUGCUGAGAGUUUCCAGAAGGGCAAAGAGGAGACACACAACCGCUUUGCCCGGUUCAAUAUCCAGCCAGUUUGUGGAGACCUGCAGAGUCAGAUUUUAAAAUGCUACAAAGACAACGCAGGAAAGACUCUGUCCUGCUCCAGCAUUGCCUCGGCCUACAUGCAGUGUGUAGACAACGCCAAAAAGAAUAAAGUGAGCACUGGAGGUUAAUAUGAACCACUCGAUGAAGACGCCUGUGCGUCUUCAAGUCGACAAACACAUGCAGUUUAGUUUUAAGUCACGUCUUCAGUCGUGAAUGACAACACUAUGACGUUUGUCGCAGAUGUUUUGACACCCGUGUGAAUCUUUGUGAAAGGAUACAUUACCGUACUGAAUCGGUGCAGUAUCUCUGCCUUAAAGUGUCGAAAGCUGUAACGAGUGUAAGAACUGUUGAAGGAGCAGAUUUGGACAUGACAUACGUUAGUAUUUUAUUUCAGGGAAUUUUUACCUUCAACUAUUGGUGAGUGCACAAAAUAUGAAUGGGUGUCAAUAAACUGGUUUGUUCUAUCACA